AUGGAGUUCGACGACAUUGGCCUCGCCGCUUACAGAGAACAAGCGCUACAAUGGGGAGAGCAUUUUAGAAAGUCUGCCUUGGGAAUCUGCGACUUGGCAAAUAUAUAUCGGAAACACGACGACUGCAUGUUUCGCUCUAUACAUUAUGGUGGCUUUAAUUUCUGCAUCUGUCUUUCCUGGGACGAUGGAGGAGAAGAUUGGCUGAUUCGGUUUCCUCUCCCUGGGUGUUCAAUGUUUAUGGACAACAAAGUACUCAAUGAGGCGUCGCUCAUGAAAUACAUUGCAGACAACACCAAUAUUCCCGUACCACGUGUUGUCGUUUACGGGAAAGCAGAAGAUAGUACAACUGGUCUUGGGCCAUUUAUCAUCAUGGCUUGGGUGGAGGGGACGCCAAUGUCAGAGAUUCUUCGCAAGAAGACCCAAGAAGAAGAAAAUGACGACUAUGUAUUAAACCUGGAUAUCGAUAAGAAGACGUUGGAGACCCUAUACGGUCAAAUGGCGGGUGUUUUGCUAGAACUUUGGAAGCUCGACUUUGACCGAAUUGGUACCCUACGCCUGGAUGAAUCCGGCAAGCCAUCAAUAAAAGGACCGCCGUUGACGCAAGAAACAAACGAAUUGAUCCGGACAGGCAACGUGCACAAUUGCGUUCCUUCUGGUGUCUAUCAUAGCUCUAAGAUAAAUCUGGAGAGACAGCGGAAUAGUGUCUUUGGUGCGGAGGACUGUCGAGAGAAAUACACAUGCCGCCACUUGAUGAAAGCUAUCGCGUUGAAUUUCAUUCGCAACAACAAUGGCCCAUUUAAACUGUUCUGCAAUGAACUUCAUCCAAGGAAUGUGCUUGUGGAUGAGACCACGCUUCAAAUUACUGGUUUCAUUGAUUGGGAAUGUUGCUACGCAGCCCCGCCCCGAUUCUCAGAAUCCGUUCCCUGGUGGUUAAUCCUGCAACGACCAGAAGACUAUAUGAACGACAAAUCAUACAUUCCUCGCUAUCUCGGCAAAGCAGACUUGUUCCUGCGGAUCCUACAGCAUAGAGAGGAUGUAAGAGACAAGGCUAUCUGGUCCAACCUUUCCUGUGUAAAAUUCACAUCCGUAGAUGGAAUUUAUUGGAAUAUGUUUGAUGGAUACUGCCGGAGUCCAUCAUCCAGGGCAGAACGAGUGCAUCCUACAAACGUGGAAAUGCAUUGACAUCGUGAG